AACUUAUUUAUCCAUGGAUAAAAUCAUUGAUAAAACCACCUGGCCAAGGACAUGCGCAAUUCCUGUCUUUCGCCGCCGUCAUAAUCGACCAUAAUGCGGAAGACAACAAACUUACAACGAUGUCAUUCAAAAAAUAUGUAAAAAGUCGAAGAAAAUUCAAACUCUUCCUGCUCAUUGUGGUUGUGUUUUUAAUAUUUUUUACUGUCCUCGUUCUCAAAACGAACAACAGCAAUGACUUUACUGCCGGUCCUUAUUUCAACAUUCCUCAAAAAGUUUACGACUUCGAACAACGACAAAUCGUUCCUGAGAAAUACAACGAAGGUGAAGUGAAAGCGCGUCUCAUAAAGGACAAAAUCAAAUUGUUAACACAAAACAAGAAUCUCGGAGGAGGAGCCGGUUCAGAGGAUGAAGAGAACCAAAAGCCAUUGACUUCCAUUACGAAACAUGUACAUAUUUUCUACAAUCUUCCUGUGGUUUGGUACAAGAGAGCCAGACCAAGGAUAUCAGUCAGACUGGAUACAAACGCUACCGAGAUAAUCGAUAGCAAGCGUACACCAAACAUUGCAUUUUAUCCUUUCCUAGGAUUGUACGAACAAACAGACGACAUAUUACGCAAACACUUCCAAAAUAUUCGCAACUGUGGGGUGGGAGUUUUAGUCCUUGCGUCCGGGACAAAAUUAACAGAGAAACUGUUCAAGAGAGCCCUGGACCUGGUUCCUGAAUUCAACCUCACAUUAACCAUUGAACUGAAUGCUAUCCAGAACAAAUCAUCAGAACAUAUCAGAGAACAACUCAUUUGGAUCCGAAAAUACGUCCAUGAACGUGGUUUUUUCAAGACCUUUUCGGCAACGAAAAAUACUUUCCUGCCGCUGAUUUACAUACGAAACGCGCAUAAAAUUAGCGCGGAUACAGGGAUAUUUUGCAAUUCAGAAGACGGUUCGCUACGGAACACUGCAAUGGAUGGAAUCUUCGUGGGGCAUGCCAGACUCAAAGAGCAUACACAGCUCAUGCGACGUCUCUGCUUCGAUGGGUUCUACUCCCGGUUACCAAGCAAUGGCGCAACCUAUACGAGUACUUGGAAGAACUGGUCCUAUCUGAAAUCAUUUGCUCAAAACUACAAAAUGGUAUUCAUCCCCACAGUUGGGCCUGGGUAUGCUGAGCACAAUAAACUUCCUCGUCAUGGCAAUAUCCAAAGGCAUCGAAGUAAUGGGAGGUACUACGGGGUUGCAUGGCGAACAGCCAUAGCGAAUCAUGCCGGCUUCAUCAGUAUUGCGAGCUACAAUAAUUGGCAGGACGGGACACAAAUCGAAGAAGCCAUCUCACAUGCAGGAUUCUCAGAUUACAGUCCAGGCAAGCCGACGAAAUACAUAAGUCUAACUGCCCACUGGGUUGACAAUUAUUUAAAGAAAACUUCGAAGGUACAAAAUAUUUGCCACAAAUUCACCAAUAACACUAUUUGUUAGUGUAAAGUAUCUGAGGGAGAUUUUGCAUUUAAUAUAUUUCUUGUUAAUUAUAUGAUUCGAACAGGAGUCGGAUGUUACUUCCAGACAAUUCAGUAUAGUUGUGAUAUUGAAUAAAAUUAUUGAUCUA